GCCAUCGGCUCACAAAUAGCUCCCGGCUUGCCCCUCAACCCAACAUCGAUCGCCAUCACCACCGCCCUGGCCGAAACCACCCCCAUCCUGACCCAGCCUUUGCAAACCACUUUCGCACCCCAUCGCCGGCAUCCAUGACGUCGCCUCCCUCAAAGAUCCGCAGAACCCUUGGCCCAGCCAACAACCACACCGCCAGCUGUGCCCCGCCAAGUUUGUUCUCUGCUCUGGAAAAGCACGACAUCUUGACCAUCCUGAUCACCAACGACACCUUUGUCGCAAACCUCAGCCCCAAGACGCUUUCAAGGCUGAUCCGAGCCUCCAAAUACCACCGACGCAUCCUCGAUUGUCAUUCGGUCUGGGCAUGCGUCCUCAAUCCACUCCUUGGCAUCACCCAGAGCCUGUUUGCCGGCCUCGAUCCCUCGGUCGAUCGCAAGAUUGCUCUGCAGGGCCUGUUUUGCUACAUCAACCGGCAGACGCCGCACUCCCCUCGAUCGCCCGCCGCUCACCAGAAGGAGCUCAAGCUUUGGUGGGAGGUCUACAAAUCCAACAUGCUUCGCUCUCGCAUUCGGGACUACUGCGGCCUGCGGAACAAGAUGCUUGAAUAUCCUUGGGAUCUGGUGGCGCUCAUCAGUCGGCACCGCCAGCCUCCGAAACUCCUCACGAGCGCCGAAGAGUUUCGUUUCCUCGACAGUGCAUAUAUUCUGCAUGAUCCGUGCCUGUUCGAGUGCAAUCGGUUUGUGAUGCUGCGAUCCAGGCAUCAUCCUUUCCUGCUCGACAGCCAGUUGACCGAGCUGCUGCCCCAUGAGCGAUUCCACCUGGAGAGGUCAACCAAGCUCCGAUUGAUGCUCUACAACUGCACACCUUCGAUCGUUAUGGACUGGGCCACGCCGUCCCGCAUCAUUAGCCUCUCGAUUGAGGAGUCUUCAACAGCAAAGCUCAGCUGGGACUGGAACGAGCUGCCUCCCGACCUCCUGGUGGCGGAGCUCUCGCUGCCCUGCUCUAUCGAAUCUCUCCAAACGAUGCCUCAACCGUUAAUGUCCCUCACCGCUCUCAAGCUCUGCAACUGCACGAAGCUGGUGAGCCUCGAAGGCUUGCCCGCUCGCAUGCCCAAGCUCAAGGAGCUGACGCUGCCGCCAUCUCUUGAAACCCUGCAAGGGCUUCCUCAGUUCAUGAAAUCUCUCCGGGCACUGGACCUUUCCCAGUGCUGGAAUCUCAGCAAUCUGGCCGGACUCCCGACAGAGUUGCCUGGGCUUGAGUCCUUGGCGCUUCCACCCACGAUCCGAAACCUCGAAGAUAUGCCCCAAUCUAUGGAAUCUCUCGUGACUCUCAUCAUGGACCAGUCCACCUUGGUGACCAGCCUGGUGGGGCUGCCCGGGGCUCUGCCGAAGCUAGAGACGCUGCUCGUGCCGGCUUCGAUCGAGAGCCUGCAUGGCCUGCCCCGUUCGCUCAACAAGCUUGAAAGUCUCGAUCUGUCUAAGUGUACCAGGCUGGCCCACUUGGAUGGUUUACCGGAGAACAUGGCCCAUUUGUCGAGGUUUCGGCUUCCCCGGUUUCUUAAUAGCCUUGAGGGGUUCGAUCUCGGUAGAUUUCCGAAACUGAGACACGUCGAUAUGCCGCGACUCCUUCUGCUGCAACGCCGGAUGUAGCUCUUUCCCGAAACAAAAUGGGACACUCUGUUUUUGAAUCAGGGAUUCCGGGUUUUCUGGUCUCUGAAUACAUCCACCAUGACCAAGCAGCAUGUUCGC